AUGGAGGUGGACGGGGUGUCUGAGUGCCCCUCCUGGCUAAAGGAGAUGCUGCAGCAACCUGCGGAGCCUGUAGCUAAUGUACUUGAAGCAGAAAUAGCAGCAAACCCUAGCGCAAAAGCAGCACUUGAAUACGUCCGGACGCUCCUUGAAAAGAAACAAUAUAACGAAUUAUUAGAUGCUGUUGCUUACGGCAUGCAAUUAGAUGAUUCUGUAGACACCUCAAGUACCCCUCAGCUGUCUGUACUAUCUGCUGCUAUGGGGUCACCUCCUCCUCCUCUUUCCUUACAAAGAAAACUUUCUUUAUUUAGAUCUCUUGCUUCUGCUCAUCAUAUCCAUUUGGAUCCUCUUAGAUUACUUAAAUUAUGCGCAGGACUACUCGCUGAUAUACAUGCUGAAGGGGGUCUACUCUUCUUAGAGCGACUACAGGAGGAGACCUUAGCAGCGCAGCAGAGCAGCAUGCAGCAAACCCCUUUCUUGCAGACAGACAAACAAGCAGGAAAGGGUUUGUUUUCUGUUGGUGCCGUUGUCUUCUUGCAUGCAUUAAAGAGUUAUUUAUUAGCUAAGACGCAGCAACUUACGAAGGCACAAGAAGAACUCGACGAAGCAAAAAAACAAAAAGAACAAAUUGGUGCACCUGACCCCGUGCUGCACUCCCUUGUGCACAGGGCACAGGCGCAGAUAGACAAGGCACGGAAGAAGUACGGAGACUUCUGCAGAGAAACACUCUUCUUCCUCGCCUACACCUCCGCCAAUGCAAUUAAAGAAAAGGAGAGAUAUGCAAUCGCCAGAGAUAUCGCUUUUGCUGCUCUUGUAGCACCUGAAGUCUUCAACUUUGGCGAACUUGACUUGGCGCCCUACAUUACAGCAAUUCAGAAGAAAGCUGCAGCAACAGCUCUCCUUCGUCUUGCCUUCACGAGUAGCACAGCUGGUGCUGCUGUGCGCAGCAGCAGCAACAACGGCAGCAGCAACAGCAAUGACAACGGCAACGACAACAACAACGACAACAGCAACAGCAACAGCAACACCAAGCUUAUUGGUUCGCGCGCCCUCUCUUUUGCUGCUAUUUCUGAGGCUUGCCAAGUGCCUCCAGAUGAGGUGGAGAGAAUUAUAUUAUCUGCCAUGGCACAACAACUUAUAAAAGGAAAGAUAAAUCAAGUUGAGCAAACCCUGUCUUUGGAAUGGGUUAAGCCGGUGCUGCUAACGGAUGCAGAAAGGUCCGCAUACACCCCAAUUAAGGCACUACUUCAAUAA